AUGGCAGCGCAGGAGGAAGGGACUGUGCUGAGGCUCAGCCCCUCAGAGCAGGAGGACCAGGAGGACGAGGAGGACGAGGAGGACGAGGAGGCGGCGGCUGCAAGGAGAGUGCAACGCUUUGCCUUAGACCCGCGGGUGCGCUUCCUGGGAGGCCGUCUGCAGCACGCGCUGGGGUUCCCGGAGGAGACGUGGGGCCAGUAUCUGGAGAGCGAGGACCACCGGCAGGCCCUAGGAGACUUUCUGGAGAGCACUGGUCCUGCCAGCCUGGUGUUUAGUGUCGCGGCCGCCGGGCGGCUCUCGGCUUCCCCCGAGAUUCCAAGAGAUGUGGAACACAAGCUGGUUUAUUUUGCCAAGAAGAUGACUGAAAACAUGGGAGAAAGUGAUUUCUCCCAAACCAUCUUAUUUGGAGAAAUACCCAGGUCAUUGCUUGCACAUGUAACUGCAUUCCUAGAUGAGAUAUUAGUCCCAAUUCUGUCUAAUAAGAACAACCAUAAGUCCUGGUCAUGCUUUAUCUCACAAGAUGUGGAACAUCACACAGAAGUCAUGAAAAAUAAGAUUCACAUUUUUAGGGGCAAAAUGUCAAGAAGAACUCAUCUCCCAAUACCUACUAUUGCAGAAAAUAUUGACUUGGAUCAGCAUUACUUGGUGACCAGGCCACAAUCAGAUGAGAGGAGAAUACUCCAUGCCAUUGAAUCUUUAGUCAUUAAAUGGUCACAUCAGAUCCAAGAAAUCAUAGAAAAAGAUUCAGCACACCUUCUACUGAGUGGUCUCCACCCGACCCCUGAGACGGAGCUGGACUUCUGGACCAUGAGGCAUGGGAACCUGAAAUGCAUAUACUGUCAACUUCAGGCUCCUAUUGUCCUCAAGAUGGUUAAGAUACUGACAACAAGACAAAGCAGCUAUCUUCCUGCUCUGAAGAGCAUCUUUACCACGGUAGAAAAUGCUCUUCUUGAAGCCCAGGAUGUGGAACUUCACCUAAGACCUCUGAGGAGGCACAUUCACGAUCUCCAGGAGGCAGAAUUCCCACAGACCGGAAUACUGAUUGCCCCAUUGCUUCACACCAUCUGUCUUAUCUGGAGUCAUUCCAAAUUUUAUAACACCCCCGCUCGGGUUAUAGUUUUACUGCAAGAGUUUUGUAACCUCUUCAUUGACCAGGCAAGAGAAUACCUGUCAACUGGCGAUCUUCUGAAAGGAGACAUUGAAGACGCACUGGCAAAGGUGCAGGGGGCCAUCAGUGUCUUAAAGACGUUCCAGAAUUCUUUCUUCAAAUAUAGAAAGGGAUUGACAAGCUAUUUCACAGGAAACAUGGAGCAGAGACCCUGGGAUUUUCAGUCUUACCUGGUGUUUGGCAGAUUUAACAAAUUUCUUGACCGGCUGGUAAAAAUAGAGGAUAUGUUUGUCACCAUACUGGAAUUUGAGAAACUGGAAAGACUGGAAUUUGGUGGCAGCAAGGGAGCCGUCCUAAAUGCACAAAUCCGCUCAACGAGUGAGGAAUUUAUCGAAUGCUGCAAAGUUUUCCAACAGAGCACUUACGAUCCGUCUGACUGUGAUGACAUGGAGUUUGAAAGUGAUUAUUUCAAAUUUAAGUCCAGAACCCUGGAUUUUGACAGAAGGCUUGGAACGCUACUAUGUGAAGGUCUCAGCAACUGCAGGGGUUUGGAGUCUGCAUUUAAGCUUUUGACCAUAUUUGGGAACUUUCUAGAGAAACCAGUUGUCAUGGAAAUGUUCAGCCCACAUUACAGCACAUUAUUGAACAUGUUUAGUGCAGAGUUGGAUAUGUGUAAGCAACUGUAUGAUGAACACAUGAAGCAGAUGGAACACGGGCAUGAAAUUCUGAACAAGAAUAUGCCAUUCACAUCUGGAAAUAUUAAGUGGGCCAGAAUGCUUCUUGAACGCCUUCAAAUGUUCUGGUCAAACUUUACAUCUCUCCAUUAUCUAUUUCCAGACAGUCCUGAUGAGGCUGCAGUCUGUCAGAAGUAUGCUGAAAUGACCACUUUGCUGGAUCAAUUUGAAAGUCACAUCUAUAGCGAAUGGAGAAGAAAUGUGGACGAAACCUGUGAAUUUAAUCUGAAUCAGCCCUUGGUUAAAUUCAGUCCCAUAAACGGCCUUCUUAGUGUCAACUUUGACCCAAAGCUUGUGGCGGUGUUGAGAGAAGUCAAAUACCUUUUGAUGCUGAAGAAGUCCGACAUACCAGAUUCAGCUUUAGGCAUUUUCCAGAAAAGGAACAUUAUUUUAAAGUACGUUGGGAAUCUUGAGCUCCUUGUACAAGGCUACAAUAAGCUGAAACAGACCCUUCUGGAAGUGGAAUACCCUCUCAUUGAGGAUGAGCUUGGAGCCAUUGAUGAGCAGCUCAGGGUGGCUGCAACCUGGCUGACAUGGCAAGAUGACUUCUGGGUCUACAUGGAGAGGGUGCAAGUGGCCACUGCUGAGCUGGAGUGCAGAGUGUCACAGACUCAGAGCAACAUGCGAACAAUCCAGCAAACCAUGCAGGCCUGGGCUGAGUGGCCGCUGCUGCCCCGGAGGGAGACCAGAAGAGAGACUGCCUUGACCUUGGAUGACAAGGGGUAUCUGUUUGCAAAGAAAUACAAGCUGAUCCGAGAAGAUGGUUGCAAGAUACACAGCCUGGUAGAGGAGAACCGGAAGCUCUUCAGAGCUGAUCCUUCCCUGGAUUCCUGGAAAAUUUAUGUGGAAUUCAUUGAUGACAUUGUGGUGGAAGGCUUUUUUCAGGCCAUCUUGCACGACCUGGACUUCUUCCUAAGGAACACAGAGAAACAGUUAAAACCUGCACCGUUUUUUCAGGCACAAAUGCUCUUAAUGCCCCCAGAGAUUGUGUUCAAGCCCCCUUUAGAGAGAGAGGCUGGGGAUGGCUUCUACGAUCUGGUGGAGGAAAUGUUGUGUGGCAGCUUCAGAGUGUCUGCCCAGAUGGGGCGUGUGGCUGCACACCUGGACAUCGCAGACUACCAGAAUGAUAUGGAUAACAUGUUAGGCCUGGCCGAGGUACGGCAGGAGAUAAUGAAUAGAGUUGCUGAUGUCAUCAAUAAAGUCUUGGAGUUCAGAAGUUCUCUGGAGACCUACUCUUACCUCUGGGUGGAUGACCGGGUAGAGAUUCUAAGGCAGUUUCUCCUGUAUGGCCAUGCUGUGCCAUCUGAGGAGAUGGAUGUUCCUGCAAGCGAAGAUGUCCUGCAACCACCAACACUAGAACAAUUCAAAGAACAGAUUGACAUUUAUGAGGCUUUGUAUGUUCAGAUGAGCAAGUUUGACGACUUCCGAGUGUUUAACAGUUGGUUCAAGGUAGACAUGAGACCUUUUAAGUUGAGCUUGCUCAAUGUGAUCAAGAAGUGGAGCUGGAUGUUUCAAGAGCAUCUGCUAAGAUUUGUCGUCGACAGUCUGAGUGAGCUGCAAGGAUUCAUCAAGCAGACAGAUGCAGGUCUUCAGAGACAGCUGUGUGAGGGCGACCAUGAUGGCUUAGUUGACAUCAUGGGUCACCUUCUGGCUGUAAGAAGCCGACAGAGAGCUACUGAUGAGCUCUUUGAACCUCUGAAAGAAACGAUCACGCUUCUGGAAAGCUAUGGCCAGAAGAUGCCCGAGCAAGUCUAUGCCCAGCUGGAGGAGUUACCUGAAAGAUGGGAAACCACCAAGAAAAUUGCAGCCAUGGUCAGACACGAGGUCUCGCCGCUUCAAAAUGCAGAGGUCACUCUUAUAAGGAAAAAAUGUAUUUUGUUUGAUGAAAAGCAAGCAGAAUUCAGAGAGAGAUUCAGAAGCUAUGCCCCUUUUGGAUUUAAGGCAGAGAAUCCAUACGCAGUGCUUGAUAAGGCAAAUCAGGAGCUCGAGGCUCUAGAGGAAGAGAUGGGGCAGAUGCAAAACUGUGCACGUCUUUUUGAGGUGGCUCUUCCGGAGUACAAACAAAUGAAGCAGUGCCGACAAGAAAUCCGCCUGCUCAAAGGGCUCUGGGAUGUCAUUAUUUAUGUUAGGAGAAGCAUUGAUAACUGGACUGAAACCCAGUGGAGACAGAUUAACGUGGAACAGAUGGACUUGGAGCUCAGAAGGUUUGCCAAGGAAAUUUGGUCACUGGACAAGACUGUCCGUGUCUGGGAUGCUUAUUCAGGCCUGGAAGGCACUGUGAAGGACAUGACAACCUCCCUAAGAGCCAUUGCAGAGUUGCAGAACCCUGCCCUCAGAGACAGGCAUUGGCAGCAGCUGAUGAAGGCCACUGGGGUCAGAUUCUCAAUAAAUGACAGCACAACGCUGUCAGACUUGCUGGCAGUGCAGCUGCACCGGGUAGAAGAUGACGUGAGAGACAUUGUGGAUCAGGCUGUGAAGGAGCUAGGCACAGAGAAGGUUAUCACUGAUGUCAGCCACACCUGGGAAGCCCUGGAAUUUUCUUAUGAGGCUCACCAUAGAACAGGCACCCCACUGCUGAAGUCUGAUGAACAGCUUUUUGAGACUCUAGAGCACAACCAGGUUCAGUUGCACACUCUUCUUCAGAGCAAGUACGUGGAAUACUUCAUUGAACAAGUCCUAAGCUGGCAAAACAAGCUAAAUGUAGCCGAUGCAAUUAUCUUUACUUGGAUGCAAGUCCAGCGAACCUGGUCUCACCUGGAAAGCAUCUUCGUUUGUUCAGAAGAUAUUAGAGUCCAGCUUGUGGAAGAUGCCAGAAGAUUUGAUGAAGUCGAUGCUGAAUUUAAGGAGUUAAUGUUCGAGACAGCCAAAAUAAAGAAUGUCUUAGAAGCAACAUGCAGACCACACCUCUAUGAGAAACUUAAAGAUUUUCAGCACAGACUCUCUCUUUGUGAAAAAGCCCUGGCUGAAUACCUGGAAACCAAGCGGGUCACGUUCCCUCGCUUCUACUUCAUCUCCUCUGCAGACUUGCUGGACAUUCUCUCCAAGGGAGCACAGCCGACACAGGUAACACACCACCUUGUCAAACUCUUUGACAGCAUCUCGGAUCUGCAGUUCGAAGAUAAUCUGGAAGUGUCCACACACAAAGCAGUUGGGAUGUUCAGCAAAGAAAAGGAGUAUGUCCCAUUCCAGGCUGGAUGUGAAUGCAUAGGCCAUGUGGAAAGCUGGCUUCUGCAACUUGAACAGACCAUGAAGGACACAGUGCGCCUGGCAAUCACAGAAGCCAUCGCAGCCUAUGAGGAGAAACCUAGGGAGCUCUGGAUCUUUGAUUUCCCAGCUCAGGUGGCUCUAACUGGAUCACAAAUAUGGUGGACCACAGAUGUAGGAAUUGCCUUCAGUCGACUAGAGGAGGGCUAUGAAACAGCCUUAAAGGAUUUCCAUAAGAAACAGAUUUCACAGCUGAACACACUGAUCACACUUCUUCUGGGAGAACUUUCACCCGGAGACAGGCAGAAGGUCAUGACCAUCUGCACCAUCGAUGUCCAUGCCAGAGAUGUGGUGGCCAAAUUGAUUUCUCAGAAGGUUGUCAGCCCCUAUGCUUUUACCUGGCUGUCUCAACUCCGACACGAGUGGGAGGAUUCGAGGAAACACUGCGUUGUUAAUAUUUGUGACGCCCACUUCCAGUACUUCUACGAAUACUUGGGAAACAGUCCACGGCUGGUGAUCACUCCUCUCACUGACAGGUGUUACAUCACUUUAACUCAAUCACUUCAUCUGACCAUGAGCGGAGCUCCAGCCGGCCCAGCUGGAACAGGGAAAACGGAAACCACCAAAGACCUUGGCCGUGCCCUAGGCAUGAUGGUUUAUGUAUUCAACUGCUCAGAGCAAAUGGACUACAGGUCCAUAGGGAACAUCUAUAAAGGACUGGUGCAGACGGGAGCAUGGGGCUGCUUUGAUGAGUUCAACCGCAUCGCUGUGGAGGUUCUCUCCGUGGUGGCGGUGCAGGUGAAGAUGAUUCACGACGCCAUCAGGAACAGGAGAAGGAGAUUUGUAUUUCUUGGAGAGACUAUCCCGCUGAAGCCAUCGGUUGGAAUAUUUAUCACUCUGAACCCAGGAUAUGCUGGUCGAACCGAAUUACCAGAAAAUCUCAAAGCACUGUUCAGACCCUGUGCCAUGGUGGCCCCGGACACUGAGCUGAUCUGUGAAAUCAUGUUGGUGGCGGAAGGGUUUGUGGAUGCACGCUCAUUGGCCCGGAAGUUCAUUUCCUUGUACACACUCUGUGAGGAGCUGCUGUCCAAGCAGGAUCACUAUGACUGGGGACUUCGUGCUAUUAAGUCUGUCUUGGUGGUAGCUGGCUCCCUGAAACGAGGAGAUAAAAAUAGACCCGAAGAUCAGGUGCUCAUGAGGGCAUUGAGGGACUUUAAUCUGCCUAAAAUUGUAACUGAUGAUGUCCCAGUGUUCCUGGGCCUGGUUAGCGACCUGUUUCCAGCCCUGGAUGUGCCUCGGCAGAGGAAACCACACUUUGAACAGAUGGUCAAGCAGUCUACCCUGGAACUUCGCCUGCAGCCCGAGGAGAGCUUCAUCCUCAAAGUUGUCCAGCUUGAGGAGCUACUGGCUGUGCGACAUUCUGUCUUUGUGGUUGGAAACGCAGGCACAGGAAAGAGUAAGAUUUUGAGAACGCUGAACAGAACAUAUGUUAACAUGAAACAGAAGCCCGUUUGGAGUGACUUAAACCCCAAGGCUGUGACAACAGAUGAACUCUUUGGUUUCAUACAUCAUGCUACCCGAGAAUGGAAAGAUGGUCUCUUCUCAUCCAUUCUGAGAGAGCAGGCUAAUCUUACACAUGAUGGGCCAACCUGGAUAGUCCUGGAUGGGGAUAUUGACCCCCUGUGGAUCGAGUCCCUCAACACAGUGAUGGAUGAUAACAAGGUGCUGACCCUCGCCAGCAAUGAACGAGUGGCCCUCACACCUUCCAUGAGGCUUCUGUUCGAGACCCAUCACCUGCGGACAGCCACACCAGCCACGGUCUCCAGAGCUGGCAUUUUGUAUGUGAACCCUCAGGAUCUGGGCUGGAAUCCGUAUGUGGCCAGUUGGAUAGACAGAAGACGGCAUCAAUCAGAAAAGGCCAAUUUAACUAUUCUUUUUGAUAAAUACAUUCCCGUGUGCUUGGAGAAGCUAAGAACUAGCUUUAAAGCCAUCACUUCCGUCCCAGAGAGCAGCUUGGUGCAGACUAUUUGUACUCUUUUGGAGUGUUUGUUGACUCCCGAGAACAUACCUCCUGACAGUCCUAAAGAGACCUAUGAAGUCUAUUUUGUCUUUGCUUGUGUCUGGACAUUUGGAGGCACCCUACUACGGGAUCAGCUUUCUGAUUAUCAAGCCGACUUCAGUAGAUGGUGGCAUAAGGAAAUGAAAGCAGUGAAGUUUCCAUCCCAGGGAACCGUCUUUGAUUAUUAUCUGGACCACAAAACUAAAAAAUUUUUGCCUUGGACUGACAAGGUUCCCCAGUUCACCAUGGAUGCUGAUGCGCCCCUGAAGACAGUUCUGGUACACACACCAGAGACAACUCGUCUUAGGUAUUUUACUGAGUUGCUACUUGACAAAGGCAAACCGCUAAUGCUGGUUGGAAAUGCAGGAGUGGGGAAAACGGUCUUUUUGAGCAACACCCUAGCAAGUCUCUCUGAGAACUACAUAGUGUCCUGUGUGCCUUUCAACUACUACACAACAUCAGCAGCCCUGCAGAUAAGGUACGAUCGACAUAAAGUGAUGCUCAAGGAAAUCCGCAACUGCCAGUAUGUAGCCUGCAUGAAUCCCAUGGUGGGUAGCUUCACAGUCAACCCAAGGCUGCAGAGACAUUUCACCGUGUUUGCGUUCAACUUUCCAUCUUCGGAUGCACUGACCACUAUCUACGGUCAGAUCUUCAGCUUCUAUCUCCAACAGCAAGCAUUCUGCCCUUCAGUUCUCAGGGCUGGCCCCUCUUUGAUCCAGGCAACCAUUGCGUUCCAUCAGACGAUGGCAGAGAGCUUUGUGCCCACAGCCGUUAAAUUCCAUUACAAUUUUAAUCUAAGAGACUUAUCAAGCAUCUUCCAGGGGAUUUCGUUUGCUUCUCCUGAGUGUUUAAACUGCCUGGAAGACUUAGCACGCCUGUGGCUUCAUGAAGCGUCACGUGUUUAUGGAGACAGACUGAUAGACACAAACGAUUUUGACUUAUUUCAGAGGAAAAUGCUGGAAACUGCCCAUAAGUACUUUAAAGGUGCAGAUGCUAACACGCUGCUGCGGCAGCCCCUUGUCUAUUGUCACUUUGCCAGUGGAGGGGAAGACCCUUGUUACAUGCCAGUGAAGGACUGGGAAGGGCUAAAGGCAGUUCUUACGGAGAUGGUAGACAACUACAAUGAACUCCACUCAGCGAUGCACCUGGUGCUAUUUGAAGAUGCCAUGCAACACGUGUGUCGAAUCAGCCGCAUCCUUCGGACCCCUCAAGGCCACGCCCUCUUGGUUGGCGUUGGCGGCAGUGGCAAGCAGAGCCUGUCUCGGCUGGCAGCUUACAUCUGCAGCUUGGAGGUCUUUCAGAUCACUCUGACGGAAGGCUAUGGGACCCAAGAGCUUAGGGUAGAUCUGGCCAAUUUGUACGUCAGAACUGGAGCCAAGAACAUGCCCACCGUGUUCCUGCUGACAGAUGCCCACGUUCUAGAUGAGAGCUCCCUUGUGCUGAUUAAUGACUUGCUGGCAUCGGGAGACAUCCCAGAUCUGUUCAGUGAUGAAGAUAUGGACAAGAUCAUUUCCGGGAUUCGUAAUGAAGUUCGAGGCCUCGGCUUAGUGGACUCCAGGGAAAACUGUUGGGCAUUCUUUUUGGCCAGAGUUCGACAACAGCUCAAAAUGGUUUUUUGUUUCUCACCGGUUGGUCACACACUGCGAGUUAGAGCCCGGAAGUUCCCAGCCAUAGUUAACUGCACAACUAUUGACUGGUUUCAUGCAUGGCCACAGGAGGCUCUGGUCUCAGUCAGCAGGAGGUUCAUUGAAGAAAUCGAGGGGAUUGAGCCACAGCACAAAGAUUCUAUCAGCCUUUUCAUGGCGCAUGUUCACGCCAGUGUAAAGGAAGUGAGUGCCUGGUACUACCAGAACGAGAGAAGAUACAACUAUACGACCCCCAGGAGUUUCUUAGAACAGAUAUCACUGUUUAAGAGCCUGCUGAAGAAGAAGCGCGAAGAGGUACAGCAGAAGGAGGAGCACCUGGGGAAUGGAAUCCAGAAGCUGCAGACUACGGCCUCACAGGUGGGAAAUCUGAAGUCCAGGCUGGCCUCUCAAGAAGCUGAGCUGCAGCUCAGAAACCAGGAUGCAGAGGCCCUGAUCACAAAGAUUGGGCUUCAGACGGAGAAAGUGAGCCGGGAAAAGGCCAUCGCGGACGCGGAGGAGCGAAAGGUGGCUGCCAUUCAAACUGAAGCAUCCCAGAAGCAGAGAGAGUGUGAAGCUGACUUACUCAAGGCUGAGCCUGCCCUGGUGGCUGCUAAGGAUGCACUCAAUACACUCAACAGGGUGAACCUCACAGAACUGAAAACCUUCCCCAACCCCCCAAAUGCUGUUACCAAUGUAACCGCAGCUGUGAUGGUCCUAUUGGCCCCCCGAGGCAGAGUGCCAAAAGACCGAAGUUGGAAAGCAGCUAAAAUCUUCAUGGGGAAGGUUGAUGACUUCCUACAAGCGUUAAUUAACUACGAUAAAGAGCACAUUCCAGAGAACUGUCUAAAAGUAGUAAAUGAACAAUAUUUGAAAGACCCAGAGUUUAACCCAAACCUGAUUCGGACCAAAUCUUUUGCAGCGGCUGGUCUCUGUGCCUGGGUCAUCAACAUCAUCAGGUUUUACGAGGUUUAUUGUGAUGUGGAGCCCAAACGCCAGGCAUUGGCCCAAACAAACUUGGACCUGGCUGCAGCUACUGAAAAGCUGGAGGCUGUAAGGAGGAAGCUCGUGGAUCUGGAUCAUAAUCUGAGCAGACUCACAGCUUCAUUUGAAAAGGCAACAGCUGAGAAGGUCCGGUGUCAGGAAGAAGUGAAUCAAACCAAUAAGACGAUCGACCUAGCCAACAAACUUGUCAGUGAACUUGAGUCAGAGAAGAUUCGAUGGGGUCAGUCCAUUAAGUCCUUUGAAACUCAAGAGAAGACACUGUGUGGAGAUGUGCUGCUCACAGCAGCAUUUGUGUCUUAUAUUGGGUCCUUCACAAGACAGUAUCGCCAGGAACUGGUGGACUGCAAGUGGAUACCAUUUCUUCAGCAGGUUUCCAUCCCAAUAGCAGAAGGGCUGGACUUGAUUGCCAUGUUGACAGACGAUGCUACAAUUGCCACCUGGAAUAACGAAGGGCUACCCAGCGACAGGAUGUCAACUGAAAAUGCCACCAUUCUAACUCACUGCGAGCGCUGGCCCCUGAUGAUCGAUCCCCAGCAACAGGGAAUUAAGUGGAUCAAGAAUAAGUAUGGGCCUGACCUGAAAGUCACACACUUAGGCCAGAAAGGGUUUUUAAACACCAUUGAGACAGCCUUGGCCUUCGGUGAUGUCAUCCUAAUUGAGAACCUCAAGGAGACAGUGGAUCCAGUCCUGGGUCCUCUGCUCGGCAGGAACACCACUAAGAAAGGAAAGUACAUCAGGAUUGGCGAUAAAGAAUGUGAAUUCAACAAGAACUUCCGCCUCAUUCUACACACAAAACUGGCAAAUCCACACUACAAGCCAGAACUACAAGCCCAGACUACUCUUCUCAACUUCACAGUCACAGAAGAUGGUCUCGAAGGCCAGCUGCUGGCAGAGGUGGUCAGUAUCGAAAGGCCAGAUUUGGAGAGGCUAAAGCUGGUUUUGACCAAGCAGCAAAACGACUUUAAGAUAGAGCUGAGGCAGCUUGAGGAAGACCUUCUCCUGCGCCUCUCUGCUGCUGAGGGGAGCUUCCUGGACGACACAGACCUGGUAGAGCGCCUUGAGACCACCAAGGCCACCGCAGCAGAAAUAGAGCACAAGGUGACAGAAGCCAGAGAAAAUGAAAGAAAAAUCAACGAGACCCGUGAAUGCUACAGACCAGUGGCAGCAAGAGCCUCCCUUCUGUACUUUGUCAUCAGUGACCUCAGGAAAAUCAACCCCGUCUACCAGUUCUCUCUGAAGGCUUUCAACACACUGUUCCACAGAGCCAUUGAGCAAGCUGACAAGGUGGAGGAUACUCAGGAGCGCAUCUGUGCCCUAAUAGAGAGCAUCACCCACGCCACCUUCCUCUAUGCCAGCCAAGCACUGUUUGAGAGGGACAAGCUCACAUUUCUGUCCCAGAUGGCCUUUCAGAUCUUGUUGAGAAGGAAUGAGAUCCACCCCCUCGAGUUGGACUUCCUGCUUCGGUUCACAGUUGAGCAUACUUACUCGAGCCCUGUGGAUUUUCUAACUGCUCAGUCAUGGAGUGCUGUUAAGGCAGUCGCCCUCAUGGAGGAAUUCCGAGGCCUAGACCGAGAUGUGGAAGGAUCUGCCAAGCAGUGGAGGAAAUGGGUAGAGUCAGAGUGUCCUGAAAAAGAAAAGUUACCGCAAGAAUGGAAGAAGAAAAGUUUAAUACAGAAACUGAUUAUUUUGAGAGCCAUGCGGCCUGACAGGAUGACGUAUGCCCUGAGAAACUUCGUAGAAGAGAAGCUAGGAGCCAAGUAUGUGGAGAGGACUAGAUUGGAUCUGGGUAAAGCAUUUGAAGAAAGCAGCCCGAGCACCCCGGUGUUCUUCAUCCUGUCUCCAGGUGUUGAUGCCCUUAAAGACUUAGAGGUGCUCGGCAAAAGACUGGGGUUUACGACUGACUCUGGAAAAUUCCACAAUGUGUCUCUAGGGCAAGGUCAGGAACUAGUGGCAGAAAUAGCGUUGGAGAAAGCUGCCACUGGAGGACACUGGGUCAUCCUUCAGAAUGUUCAUCUGGUAGCCAAGUGGCUGGGAACUCUGGAGAAACUCCUUGAAAAAUUCAGUCAAGGAAGCCACAGAGAUUACAGGGUGUUCCUGAGUGCUGAGACUGUACCUUCCCAACAAGAGCCCAUAAUCCCUCAAGGCCUCCUGGAAAAUUCCAUUAAGAUCACUAACGAGCCCCCCACAGGAAUGCUGGCCAACCUACAUGCCGCUCUGUACAACUUUGACCAGGAUACACUUGAGAUGUGCUCCAAGGACCAGGAGUUUAAAAGCAUCCUCUUCUGUCUGUGCUACUUCCAUGCCUGUGUGGCAGGGAGACUGAGGUUUGGUCCACAGGGCUGGAGCCGAAGCUAUCCUUUCAGUCCUGGAGAUCUGACUAUCUGCACCAACAUCCUCUACAACUACUUAGAGGCAAACCCUAACGUCCCAUGGGAAGACCUCCGUUACCUCUUUGGGGAGAUCAUGUAUGGGGGCCACAUCACAGAUGCCUGGGAUCGAAAACUAUGCCGGGUGUAUCUAGAAGAAUUCAUGAAUCCAUCUCUGAUUGAGGACGAAGUCAUGCUGGCACCAGGAUUUGCAGCCCCUCCCUACUCAGAUUACUCUGGUUACCACCAGUACAUAGAAGACAUGUUGCCUCCAGAAAGCCCGGCACUGUAUGGUCUCCACCCCAAUGCUGAAAUAGAGUUACUAACAGUGACAUCCAACACGCUCUUCAGAGCUCUGCUGGAGAUGCAACCCAGAAGUGCAGUCAGCCAAGAGGAACUGGGGCAGUCUACAGAAGACAAGGUUAAGAAUAUCUUGGAUGACAUUUUGGAGAGACUUCCAGAAGAGUUCAACAUGGCAGAGAUAAUGCAAAAGAACCCAAAUAGAAGCCCGUAUGUUCUUGUUUGCUUUCAAGAGUGUGAGAGGAUGAACGUUCUCAUCCGGGAAAUCCGUGUGUCACUUCAACACUUAGACCUUGGUUUGAAGGGAGAGUUGACAUUAUCUCCUGACGUGGAAACCCAGCUGUCUGCCCUGAGUUAUGACCGGGUUCCAGACACGUGGAACAAACUGGCAUAUCCAUCUACUUAUGGCCUGGCCCAGUGGUUUAACGACCUCCUCUUACGCUGCCGGGAACUUGAUACUUGGACGCAAGACCUCACCCUCCCAGCGGUUGUGUGGCUUUCUGGGUUCUUCAACCCUCAGUCUUUCUUAACAGCAAUCAUGCAGACCAUGGCUCGAAAAAACGAGUGGCCACUGGACAGAAUGUGUUUGACUAUAGAUGUUACUAAAAAAACAAAGGAAGACUAUGGCCACCCCCCCAGAGAAGGUGCAUACCUUCAUGGUCUUCACCUGGAAGGUGCCAGGUGGGACAUCCAAUCAGGAGCCCUUGUUGAUGCACGCCUUAAGGAGUUAACGUCCACGAUGCCCGUCAUCUUUGCCAAAGCCGUGCCCAUGGACAGACAAGAAAUUAAGUAUGCCUAUGAGUGCCCCGUUUACAAAACCAAAGCAAGAGGCCCCACCUAUGUGUGGACGUUCAGGCUAAGGAGUAAAGACAGGAUAGCUAAGUGGGUACUGGCAGGUGUGGCUCUAUUGCUGGAAGCAUGAACAUCCUUGGUACUAUAGCUCAUGUUCCUCUGGUUUCAGCCAGACACAGCGAGCAUGUUUUAGUAACAGGUGUAUACAUUCUUUUGUUAGAGAGGGUGAGUAAUCACAGUACACAAGGCCCAAACACCUA